AGGGGCAGAAUGAAAUGAUGAGAUGCCAGGACAAAAACCCUUUCACCGGAAAAAGAAGCUGCAAGAAGAGGAAGGAGAAAAUUGAGAAAUAAGAGCGAGGAUGAAGGAAAUAAGCAGGGUGCAUAGGCUGCUUUGCUGUCUUUUUCUCUCUUGCGUUCUCUGAGAAAGCCAGUAUCUGUUUAGAUUCAUGUCUAAAUUUAAACCCUGAUCGCUUUGCCUCCCCCCCUUCCCCCUCCCUUCCUCUCCCCCACCCAACCUCCCCGCCUUCCUGGUUCUCUAGUGCAGGCCACUUAGGACUCUGACAGUUUUUAAGCUGAGCUGGGGCUUGGAUAUUAAGCACUCCCAAGAAGUGUGUGUUCUUUUUUCGGCCUGUGGCAAGGCUUUGUACAGGCAGACAAGACAGACAGAGGGAAGCUCCAAAGAGGAAGGGGAUGGGGGAACCAGUACUUCCCAAGAACAUCCCACACCUGCACAACAGAGAGGUAAAAAUAUUCAACCUUUCUCCCUGUCUCGGUCUUUGGUUAUCUCUGUGUUGUUUUGGAACUUGACUCAAGUAAAUGUGGUUCAAGUUAAACAGCUCAAAUGACUGAGCUGCUGCUCUUGUUGUUUUUGUAGCUUUUGGAUGAAAUGCAAUUUUCAUGUCCCUUUCCUGACAGAAUGUGGGUUGAUUUGAUUUGGCUUCAGGAAUCUGUUUGUGUCCAAGAGUGUGUGGAAGUUCAUUCACUUCUGAGCCUGUCACUAAGAAAUUAAAACUUUGCCUACUUUUCUUUAAAUUGAAACUGGCACGACGUUCUUUGGGACAGAAUGCAGAAAUCCAGUUUUAAACUUUACAAUAUAUACAUAAUCUGAUGCUAAGGCAUAAGCUUAUUAUUUCUCUGCUUGGAAUGUCAUAGCUGUAUGUUCUCAGAAUUUACAUUGUUGCAUAGAGCUCAGUUUCUUAUCACUCACUCAUGGACCGCAUGUAGGGUUCCGUUUUUUAUUUGUAGCAGAAUUUCUUAUGCCCUGUAUCACUCACCACACACAAGUUGCAGAAAUCCAACUGCUGAAGUUUUUCUUCCCAUGGAAAAUCUGUGGUGAUUGAGUGCUUCAUCUGUUGAAAUUCUGUCUGACAUACAAAUAUUAAAGGCUCAGGUGCCUUGCCAAAAAAAAGCUGGCAAGUUAAUUUAUUUCAAUAAGAUUUUAGGUGAGCUGAAUGGCAUUUCUUUAUUUUGUUUAUGUAUCUGGAAGUAGUAGGUUGAUAUCUGAGGGGGGGGCAAAGUUGGCCAAAUUAAUAUGGAAUCAGGUCAAAUAAUGUGCAGGAAAAUAGGUAAGGCCACAGAAUCUCAAAAAAAUAUGGCGGGGGCUUAGAUUGCUGCCAGAAAAUGCAGUGGUUUUGCUCAUAUUUUUUAUAAAUAUUCAAGAUAUAAAGAAGAACAUGUUUGCUCUUCAAGGCUUAAUAGUCUUCAAUGCAUAUGAUAGAUCCUCUUUUCUCCAUUGCUUCUUGCUUUCCACCAUACUAGCUUAGCUUCGUCAUUCUGAUAACUUCAGCCAAAUCUCAGGCUGCCCUGUUGAUCUAUUGCAUAAUAAAUACACCUAUGUUGCACAAUGUCUGCACAUCAGCCUCAAUGUCGCACUUUCCUUGCAAGGCUAACUCAUUUUCCCUGCAGUCAAAUUGCAGCAUUUUGUAUCUGACCAUCUCCAGAGCAUUGAUUGCUUUUAUGACUGCUGCAGAAUAAGGUUCUGUGUUUGUGAUGCAAUUAGCGAUGAACAACCCAUCCAUCUCCACAAAUACAGCAUUUUGUGAUUUUAUUUUAUUAGUAUUGAAAACUAAUUUAAAUCUCUACAAGCUGUGUGCUUCCUCCCAUCUCCACUACAACCCCAGGAUGAAAGCAUGCAUCCUACUAGGCUUGUUUUAUUUUUUGUUUGGUAAAGUGGCUGACAGCAAGCCUUUUCCAGCAUGCUGCCAUUUUGUGAGCCUUUUAUUUAGUUUGUUUAUUGGGCCUCUACAGAUAUCCUUUUUAUUGUGUAUUCAUGAUUAUUUGUGUUCAUGAUAGCAUUGGGGUGGUUAUAUGAAAUUCUGUUUUCGGUGCUGUUUGGACCUGCAAAAGUUUUGGGGUGGACAUAUUGCUUCGUUUCCAAUCUGUGCAUAUCCCAUAACGCCCUGCUGAAAUCCUGUAACUUUUUAUGCUACAAAUGCUCUGGUGUUUAAAGGGUUUGUCCUGCUUUUGUUGCACUAAACUGCAAGAGAGCUCCUUCAGAGACAGCAGUAAUGUAACAUUGGGGAAGUAUUGCAGAACAACUAAGGAAAGUAAAAGGGUAUGUGGUCAGUCCUGUAUAAAUCCACCACUAAUGUCUUAUUAUUGCAUCAAUCACAUGUUGCAGAAUACACCUGCAAAAAACCCCAUUCUAGUGGAACCCUUAAUUUUCUGGAGGCAUUCGACCCUCUGCUGGGCUAGAGGGCAAAUUGUUUGUAAAAUAGGAAAGGGUGAAAGCAACAUGGCUAUCCUGUCCUCUGCCAUCUGGUGUGUACAGACUGGAUGUUGUUUACUAUCUUUGAAAAAGGACUUGCAAAAGGCUAAGGUAAAGGUGGUGGCACAUGUUGAUGUUAUCACGUGGCUCUGGUGUUUUCCCCCCCUGACCUAUUCCAGCUCCUGACAUCAUGUAAAAAGACAUCUAAUUCUUAAACUAGGAUACUCCAUCAAUAUGAUAUAAUGUUCUAAGGCAGUCUUAUGGUUAUCCAGAUGUUGUUGGACUCGAAUUCCAAUGAUUCCUUACUAUUUGUCAUGCUGGUUGGGGCUGAUGGGAGUUGGAGUCCAACAUCAUCAGGAGGGCCACCUGCUUCCCAUCCUGCCCUAAAGGGAAAAGUUGGGUGUUCCCAACUCAGCCAGCCUGCCAAACAAAUCAUGAUUACUCACUCACUCUUCCAUUGUCUCUCGAGACAGACGGAUGCCAACAACAACAAAAUUAAGACUGAGUGUAACCUAGCAGGAUGAGCUGUUGUUUGAGAGAGGACGGUUGCACAUCAAAUUGGUUAAAAGCUUCAGGUUUGGCCCUUUUCGACACAUCUUUGCCAAUGCUUUCCUUCAUCAUAUGAAAGUCUGCAAAGCCUCUCAAAAAGUAGUUCUCGUAGAUUUGCUUCCCUGGAAGCAAACAGUUAAUCAGUGUCAUAAGCAAUGAAAUAUUUCAUAAUGUCAAGUUUCUGAAGCCCAAUUUUUUUUUUUUUUUGUAAUUUAGAGGCUAGCAGUGGCAAAUCGGAUCACAAGAUAUUAAUUGCUGUAUAGAGAGAAUCACAUGCAAAAAGUAGCUACCAGCUUAUAUCCGGAACAAACAGUGGUCACAUCUAGGCCAUCAGAAUAGGAGAAGCAUUCAACAGUGCCUUCCGCUGAACUGGAGGCAGGCAGGAGGGGGGUGUUCCUCUGGGGGGGAAAGAAGUGUAAAGAACUGAAGGUAAGUAAUCAAUUAGUUUGAGGAAAUUGACAUAUGACCUAGUUUUAGAACUUUAAUCUAAAACUGCCACCUCAUGGUUUAAAGUAAUUAUAUUUUUCUUAUUUUGCUUCUAUUGUUUUUGGGUUUUCCCCUGGGAGAAAUUAGUUCCAUUCCUUUCAAAUGUUUCCUGUAAUUAUAUAAAGUGCUCCUGGCACCCUCUACCUUUGAUCAUCUUAGUUUGCCAGCUCCAGUAAUAUGAACACUUGGCUUCCAGAGCUGUGUCUUAAUAAUAAAUUAAAUUAUAGCCGUUUGCAGAAUUGAAACUAUAGAAGAAAUGUUACAUAAAAAUAUCAGCCCAAUAAAUCAAGUAUUUCUAUACUUGCGUGGCUGAGAAAACAGAGAAUUUGGCUUCUCACACUUGCCCUUUGGGGCUUACUUUUGAGUAGACAUGUGUCUGACAAAAAAAAUGAGAAGUCUCAAAGAAGUCAUUUUUCAGAGGAGUGUUAAGAUUUACAAGCUCCUUUCUCUAGAUUCCAUUCCUCAAUCUCAUUGUUAAAAGGCCAAUAGUCUAAAGUAAGGGACACAGACUUGUAGUAAUGGGCUGUGUACUCGUUGCCAUCUUAACACACAGCUGGCUCAGCCUUUCUCUCAGUUCAGAGCUGGUUUUGGGGAAAUGCACAAUGAGAUACAAGAUAGAGAUGGCAUGUGACAACGUGUAUACACCAGUUCCCAAAGCAGUGGUGGCAGUGCAUUGGAUGCAGACUGAGAAUGUGUACACAACCUUCUGGAUACACACUAUACCUUUAAAGCAUAUUUGAAGCACAUUCUCCCCACAUCCCAGCCCAAAGGGUUGCAUUACAAUUCCCAGCAACACCUAACAAAGUACAGUGCCCGUCUAACAAAGUACAGUGGGAGAGGGGCUUCCAAUGUGCUUUAAAGGUAUAUUGUGCACACAACCUUACAGAGUUUUGUGGUGUGACCUUGAAAUAAACUAACUUUUGUAAGCAACAUCUGACAAAACUGGUCAGAAAAGCUGUUGGCCUAUAUAACCUUGCCAGGUGCAAUGGUAAAAAUAGUUCGUCUUUGCAGAUCAGGCAUAAUGCAUAGAAGCAACAGGAAACAGACACUUUCGCUUCUCCUUGUGCCAGCCACUUUAAUUUAGCUUUCAUUCAACUCCCAACUAUUUUGAAGCUGGCUUGAUUAGAGAUGCUUACACACUCUACAUUAACUGGGUUUCCCAGAAUCAACAUUUUGAGCAAGCCAGAAAAUAUAAGUGUGCAGAUGGAGUUGAAAUGUUUUCCACUUAUCAGCUUAUGGAAGCAAGAUAACUGAUGUCCUUUUGGCUUAAAUAUAUGAUUUUUAAAAAUAAAGAAAAAAUAGAAUUUGCAUAUUAGGUCAGGCUGAUGGUCUAUCUGGUCCAUCACCCAUUCAUUGCAUCUGGGCCUGCUUGAAUUAUAUAUUACCCUACUUAACUCUAUAUGUGAUGACAUCAGGAUCACAUGUGGGGCCUGUAUUUUCAGCUAUCAGUCCAUAAGGCCCAUCACUUGCAUGAGGAGUUAUCACAAAAGCAGGAUGGAGCAGCAUAUACAUAGUCAUCAUCCCUAUUCCUCCUGGUAUCUGCCGCUUUGAACCUUUCAUCUUAUCCUAUAACCCUUCUGUAUUUCUGCACUUCAUUUUCUCGGUAUCAGUUUUUCCAUUUCACUGUGUGCCUCACUUCCCUUAUCAUUAGUGGAAGAAGAAAACAGAACAGGCCCACCACAGAUCUAUGCGAGCAUUCAAUUGUUUACCUUUAUCUAUUAUGAAAAGUGGCCAUUAAUCCUUACAUCUUAAUUUGCUAACUCUUAACAAACUGCUAGUCAGUGAAAGACCAUUCCCUUCUUCCUAUGCCAGGCUAUUUUUAAGAACACAUUGCCAUGGGAUUUGUAAUUGUAAUGCCCCAUACAAGAUUUCUGAAGGACUAGAAAUACAAUAUCUAUCUGAUCGGUAUUAUCUACAUAUUAGAUUAGUGCCUUUAAACAAUUCUGGUGGAUUAGCCUGGCAUAUUUUGUUUUUUACAAAAGCGUUAUACAUUCUUCCUAAAUGCGGUGUGGCCAUUUAUUCUAUUCUUCACUACAGUCCUUUUGCUCAUAUAGAGAGGGAAAGUUCAUGGAUUGUUAUUUUUUUGGGAGAAUAUCUGAAAUUUUAAAAGGACUGCUAUCAUCCCAGUAUACUGGUAUAGGCACAUUUCAGUGAUAUUCCAUAAUUAAGAAUCACUUUCCAUAGUGACUCGAUUCAGACAACCCUCGAAACCAUGGUGAGCUGCUUCUUUGUGGCAAAUUAGAACCAUAAGAGUUUAUCUAAUCUAUUCCAGUUACACACAAAUGAAUGGGAAAUAGAAGAAAAAGGCAUGUGAGCCCAAGGUUCACUGUACUUUGAUCACAUUAUGACAUCUGAAUGCAAAUAUUAUGCUUGCAAGGGUAUACCAAAAACUAGAAAGUGUAAAAGUGGCAAAUUGUUUUUUUUGAAAAUAUAUGCAUCAUAAUCUACUGUUCAGAGAUCUAAGACUGGCUGUGACUCUCUGCUGAGUAUGCCACACAUGCACUGGCUGCCCUGGGUUUGUUGAUGUAUUGUGUGUGAAAACAGUCUUAAUAGUACUAAGGCCUUUUGCAUGCAAGCCAUCCAAUGCUGGCCAAUGUGUCAUUUAACUGUUUUCUCUAAACCUUUUCCUACAGGCACGUCAUGUUGUAUCUUCCUCAGAUUUAUUACUUAAAAGAAUAGCUCAAGUGUUAAUACCUUCUGUAAAGAAAAGUCAUUCACACUACACCACCACCUGUCUCACCUACUUUUGUUGUACCACGGCUGAUCUCAAUGCAAAAAUGCUAAGGCCUUUUCAAUUUGUGAUCAACAGGGGUCUGAUAAUAUUGAUCAUUUGAAGGGUUUUUAUACUGCUCUUUGGUUGAAAAGGGCUCCCACAGCAGCUUACAAUGAUCCAUACUAAGACAAUGCUUGUCCUCACAACACGGAAGAAAAAUAGAUUGGGGGAAGGAAGAGGAAAAAACCAGAUUCAGGUACUAGUUUUUUGUUUUCAAGUUCCAGCUAGGAUGGAAACGUUUCAAGGAGAGGAAGAGACAGCUGCUGCUGGUCUCUCAGCUGAGGUGAUGGAAUAGUCCUGCUUCCUCUUAGCAGCCUGAUGGAAUGGGAAGGGGCCAUAGCUGAGCGGGAGAGCACAUGCUUCACAUGCACAACAUCAUAGAAUCAUAGAAUUGUAGAGUUGAAAAGGACCCCAAGGCUCAUCCAGUCCAGGCCCCAGCAGUGCAGGAGUCCCAGAUUCAUUCUCCAGUUAAAAUGGGUAAGUUCUGAACUGCAGGAGAUCAUCAUAAUAGUUCUUAUAUCCAUGUCCUCAAGGAGAAUUGAAAAAUUAAGGCACAAGUGUUGAUCCAUUAUUAUAAACAUACAAGUGCAUGUUUGGAAAUGGCACUAAGUAAGAGUCUGAGAAUACAGUACUGUUUGCACUAAAGCUGUUACUUGAAAAUCAUUUCUAUUGUUUGGGCGAUUCUGCUUUCCCUUCCCUCAUUAACUAGUCUCAUGGGCUGAGGAAGGGGUGGGGGUAGUGGUGAGCAGCCAAAGGCUUGCAUAUUGAGAUCAUGGGAGAGAAGCUGCUUCAGAAGAAGGGAAGUAAUGGCUUUUAACAUAUAACCGUGAACAAAUCUACCUUGCUGUUCGGGUUCUUCCCAGAAUGAGAGACACAUGACUUCACAGCUGAAGUACCAGAGAUCAACAAAGAGUGGCAUGGGGGAGGGGGGUUGGUCUACACAUCAAAGGAGUCCACUGGAAAAUCAUAUGUUCAUGUUAUGUGAGCUUUACACACUUAUGACCAUAAUGUGUAGCCUUGUUUUCCAUUUCCUAGUUCCUCAUCAUGUGGAGCACUGCCAGACAGUGUGUAGGUGAGGUCUUACUUAUCCAUAUGAUAGCUGAGACUUUAUAAUUUUCUGGUUUAGAAGAUAAAAGUUUUUAAAGCUUCGUUCACCAAACAAAUGUGCAAUGUUUACCAAAAUGAACUUUGCAUUUUUUGGAGACACAGGAAAAAAAAUGAUUAAAUUUUGGGGAAUGGGGUUGUUAUGCUUCUAACUGGAUUAGCCCACUCUUGGUUUUUGGGUUGUUUAUUAGUACUCUCUUCACUUUGGCACAACCGUCUCUGAGCUUUAAACAUUCUGUAAUAAGGACAGGCUUGUGAAUACUUCAGAGAAUAAAGGAUACCCUGGUCCAGACAAGCUGAGGCCCAAUGUUUACAACAGCUGUUGCCAGCUGUGGAAGGAAGGAAGGAAGCCAGUGAUGCUAUUUGUCCUGUGGAGUAAAAACUGAGACAGUUCCAAGACUUGGCUAUUUCUAACUUUGUAUAUUUGCACACACCCUCUUAGGAGGACCACUGCUUGCUAUUGUCUUCUCUUCAGGGAGGGUCGCCACUUAUUCCAGAACAAAAUGGUCACUUCGCAGUACAGCUGCUGUCCCUUAAAAUAAUCCACAUUGCUCAGAAGUAAGUCCUACUGAGUUCAAUGCGUAUGCAUAGAAUUGGAGUCUGAGACUGGUUUCCUGUGUGAUCUUAGAUCUUUGCAUAUUUCACCUUAUGACACAAUUUUAAUAACAAAUCCUUACGUUCAGUUUUUCAUAAGCUACUAUAAACCAAGUGAAGAGUUUUUUUGCAGCCUGGGGGCUACAUUCCCUCAUGGGCAACUUUUUUGGGGGUAUAUAUCUUUGGCCAGAGGCAAAAAUGGGUAGAGCAGCAGCUGCCUUUAUAUUCAAGCCAUGCAAAACUCAGAGGUUUCUACACACCCACCCAUCCAUCCAUCCAGGGAAUGGAUUAUUCAAGGACACAUUCCAACCCAGCAAAAGCACUCAAGGAGGUAGAGCAGGGCCAGUGAGGGGCAAGAAUCCUGAGGGCCAGAGAGGCCUGAAAGGCCAUUUUUUGCCCCUGCACCUGAGGUUCCCCACUCGUAUUAUUAAUCAUGGGUAAUGUCCAGUGUUAGUCAUACUUGGAGAAGGGUAACUGAAACCAGUGGGCAUACUUUGAGUGUUUCUUAGCUGGAGAUCACCCAGUAUGCUUUCCCUCACAGCUGUGUUAGUACUUUCAUUAGUGAGCUUAAUUGCCCUGGAGGUUAUUCUGAAGGGUGGUAUUAAAUAGUGCUGCUUUUAUAGGCAGCCGGCUGUCAACAUUGUAGCAACAACAACCCAGGGUUUCCUGCCUAAAGUAACUGACAUGGACCUGAGUGAAAACUAUAUGCAUGAUACUCCUGGUGGCCAGGGUGAGAACUUCAAUACAUAACAGGUGGUAUAGAAACCUUUUAAAUAAAUAAUAAAUAAAGGAUGAGACCUUUCCUUCCAGGUUAUUGUGGCACUGUGAAUUAAAUGCCCUGCUUCUAUUGCCCCCUUUGAUUCCGUUUCCCAUUAUUUGGAUUCACAUUUUUCUGGUCUGAUUUAUUCACAACAUUUUACACCUUUUCUCUGUACACAAUUUGCUGAUCAUGUAUAGUUUGGGGUAUAGAGAACUUCUUGUUUAGAUCAGGAUGUUAUUGUUAUGAAAGGACAUUGUGGUUAUAUGCCAUUAGUUACAUAAGAAACCUACAAUUUACAAAAUACACUCUGCCUCAGUCUAGAAAAUCAAGCUGUACAUGUGACAGAGAAACAAAACGUGUAAUGUGCAAUGUUAUUUACAUAUCUGCUGCCUUGCUGCCACUCAAAAAUAACUACGUGCCAGCUACUACAGCUUUUAAAUAAUAAAACGCUAUCCAUUCAAAAUAACAAUUUAGUUCAUAUGCUGGGGGGGAAACUUGUCUCAAAGGCUCCAAGAGGUUCUUGGGGCCAUGUUUCUCAAAAUGUUACUUUGAGUACAUUCACACUGGAGUCGAAUGUGGAUCUGAAGCCACUUGUCUCUUGCUUUUUUUGCGCAGUGUCCACACGAUAUCGGCCACAGCCUGCCUGCCCCCACUGCUGCUUUCAGAUUUUCCCAAUCUGCGGAUUAUCCAGUAAGACGGGAAAAUUCAAUAUAAAAGUUAUGUUACCUAAGUGGAUGCACUGCCGCACAUUGUGUAUAUGGUUUUUCUUGUUUCACUGGGUAUCACAUUUUGUCACACCACCUACUUCCAUUUUGUUUCCACCAACCCAAAGGAAAGGCUGCAACCUGCCUCUUUUUACCAGGUUCUUGCUGAAGGUACAUUCCCAGUAUUUUUUAUUUUUAAAGCAGCUAUUUUACACAGAACUGUUUUUGUGCAUAACUUGCAUUUAAGCUUAAAAUUGCCUGCAGGAGGUGGGAGAGGGGGGUUAUUGUUUUGUUGGUUUUCUUUUAAUCAUUUACUUGUGUUUAUCUUUUAUUUUAUUCUGUGAAGUGCCCUGAGAUCUUGUGAUGAAGGGCAGUAUAUAAUUUUAAUAAAUGAUAAUAAUAAUAAUAAAUGAUAAUAAAUAAAGGCAAAGAGGAGGAAAGGAAGCAGCAGCAUUUCAUGCGAGCAACACCAAAUCCUUGCCUGGGUUGGAUUUUUUAUUUUACUGCUCUUUUGUGUAAAUCUGGUAUAUAAAAAAAAAUGUAUUUUUUAAAAAAUAAAUAGAUAAAACACACACACGUAAACAAAUACCUGCAUGCAUGCCCACAACAGACCUCAGGUUUCCUUCCCUGGAGUUACACAUACAUUUAAAAAUUAUUUUACUAUUUAAUAUACAGAAGUAUUAAAAAUGAAGAUGAAUAGUGGUUCAACGUUUCACAGGUGACCCCCCCCCAACAACUGAUACUCUCAAUGGUGCGUUUGCACUACACCAACCUCACUCCCACUACACCCCUAUCACAGUACAUAGCAGGAACUCGGGCAACCAGAGGUCCUAUGAAACCGUAGGUCAGGUGAAUGUCAUGCCCCACUGACCACUACCGCUCACUUCGCUGUGGUGAACUGAAGCCUUUUAAAUUGACAAAACAAGAGGGCAUACUCAGGAUAUCUCAAUAGUUAAUGCAUAGCUGGUACUGAGCAUGUGCUUUUGCUUUAAAGCAGCUAAAUCAAUCCAAGGAUAAUUUAAUCCAGCAUUCUUUACUUUGAAUCCUAGCAACCAGCAGGCACUAGGUGGUCCACCAGGAAUUGGCCAGAGAUCCUCUGGUGAACCACAGCCUACCUUCAGUUCGCCUUGUUAUAUGAUACAAGAUUAAAGGGAUUCCUAAGGGAAGAACAGUGAUACAAGUAGGGAAGCAUUUUGUUCUGGCAGAAGACAUAAACGUUUGAGAAUCUGCUGGGAACAGGUGCAGUGAAAACCUAUACAUGUCUACUCAAAGCUAAGCUCCAUUAAAUGCAAUGCGACUUACUCCCCAGUAAGUGUGCAUGGAAUUGCAACCUUAAUUUUAGUAUCCAGAAAGAUCCUAAACCAAGCUAAUCAGAAACUGAGCCUUAGUGAUUUCAACUGGAUUUACUUCAAAGUAUGUUUGUUUAAAAUUUCAGUCUUAAUGCAAAUUUGGACUUCAUUAAUUAUUGUAAACGUGACCAUUUCUUUCUACUUCCCCUCAGGCAUACAAUAUCUCCUCCUCUUUGUAAAAUGGAACAAGCCAUGCACAUUUACCUCAGAAAAUUGCUAUGUAUACAUAAAGUAUUAUUAUUAAAAACAUUUCUAGUCCAUCUUUCUGUCUCAAAAUGAGGCACCCAAGUUACUCACAAAAAUACAAAAUAAAAGUAGUGCACAUGUGCUGAGUCAUAUUUCUGAUUAAAGGGAUUUAUGUUUCCAUGUUGGGUUACGCAAAUGAAUUCUGCCAACUUCACUAAUCUGCACAGACAAUAUUUAAAGAGAAGGGGCCGCUUGCUCUUUGCAUACCACAGAAAGAAGAAAAGCGUAACAACUUACUGUAAAUCCAGACUCAAAAAACUAAACAUCAGCUAAAAACUCCUACUGGGUAACUGUGCAUAACUGUGCUAUAUAAGGCUCUUCCUGGCUCUUGUGUGUUUCAACUGUAUUAGUCUGCACGGCAUAACGCUUUCCCUCAGACAACAGUUUUAGCAAUUCUGAAUCCAGUACUACAUUUUCUACACAGCUGGGUGUUUCUAGAGGCCCCAAAGCAAAGUACCCCUUCUAAGCUAACCCAAGUUUAGCCUUCACUCAAAUUUACCCUCAUGAGAAAAACUGCGAACAGAGAAUGGGCAUCUCUCUGUCCAGGUUCUAUUUCUGAACUUGUAGCUGUCACAGGAACUCUUGACACAGUGUAAUGCUAUUUUACAUUGCUCAGGCAAAGAAGUUAUAGAACCAAUGAGAAAAGGAUGGAAUUCUAUGAAAACAUUAUUCUAAAUAGAAAUAUUGUUCAUUGUUCAAACUGUAGAAACAGUUGCUUUUAAAUAGGAAGGAUGGCCAAUAUUUUUACCUUCGUACUCUCCUGCUGUUCCUGAAUGUUUCCUUUAACUCACCUGGGAAAGGCAGAUCAGGUCAGCUAUGUUGUUGUUUAGUCGCUUAGUCGUGUCCAACUCUUCGUGACCCCAUGGACCAGAGCAUGCCAGGCACUCCUGUCUUCCACUGCCUCCCGCAGUUUGGUCAAGCUCAUGUUCGUAGCUUCGCGAACACUGUCCAACCAUCUUGUCCUCUGUCGUCCCCUUCUCCUUGCACCCUCAAUCUUUCCCAACAUGAGGGUCUUUUCCAGGGAGUCUUCUCUCUUCUCAUGAGGUAGCCAAAGUAUUGGAGCCUCAGCUUCAAGAUCUGUCCUUCCAGUGAGCACUCAGGGACUCUCCACUAUGACUGUCCAUCUUGGGUGGCCCUGCACAGCAUUAGCUCAUAGCUUCUCUGAGUUAUUCAAGCCCCUUCGCCACGGCAAGGCAGUGAUCCAUGAAGGGGCAGGUCAGCUAUAGUCUCUGCUUUUCCUGCAACUUUAUUAAAGUUUGCCUUUGACAACUUCAGGUAUUAAUUUCAGGCACAAACAUCUCCAUUAACAUUGAUAUAUCCACAUUUGAAUAUUUUUAUGCACUUGUUAAGAACGAUAAUCAAUAAUCAUAGAACUAUACUAUUGGCAUUAUUCUUGGUGGGCCUGGCAAAAUAAGUUUCGUUCCUUGAAAUAACUUUAAAGAGUUGUAGGAAAAUAUUGAGAACCCGCAUCUUAAUUAGGGUAAUAAUAUUUACCGGUACGUCUUUCCCAGAACUGUCAACCAUCUUGAAUUCUGUCCACCACUGUCAAAUAAUUAGCUACUCACUUUUACAAUUAUUAAAUAUGACACAAGUUAGAGAAUUGUCGAGUAGGAAACUGUCAUUACAAUUAAUAGUAAUAUUUGCUAGGGGAUGGACUGCUUUAAAAAAUUCCACCCACCCCUCCUCCCCAGUGGUAAAUUCUGAAAUACAAGAGCACAUCAUGACAGACCCUAUAGUCACAGUCCAACAAAAAUCCAAAAAUGUAGGCAACUGUGUUUAUCUGUUAUUAUACACACCUACACCAAGGAACAGCAGUAUAUAACAUACUACUGUACGUUUAUCAGGAUCAGUGUGACUGCAAUCCUGUGCAGUUUCCUGGGAGCAAGCACCAAUGAACUCAGUAGUGCUUACUUUUAACAGCAAGGGUUCAACUUGUAAAACACAUGGAAGUUUUAACAAAAGAACUUCAGCCAUCUGAAAAGCAACCUUUAGUUUAUAGAAAGGGUUGCACUGGGAGCCUGAGUAUAUUAGCUUUGAUUAUUUGCAGCUACUUUUUUUAUUAAACACCAACAGAGGCUUAACUGCAGAGGAUGCAAGAAAAAUUGCACAAUUUCCUCUUUACAAAGGAGUGCAUCAGAUUGCCAAAUGUCAUGACAUACGGAGAGGGGGAAAUAAAACUAAAGCCGGCUGUAGAAAAAGGAUGUUCACUCAGAGAUCAGUGUAGUUGGUAAGAAUGGAGCGAUUUGUUUACUCAACUCUUAAUAUGUGCUAUUUCUUGUGCAGGGCCCCCUGCUUGCUCCUGUGUGCUCCCAAUCAGAAUAGUCAUUGUGGAAUUUCCUUCUAGGGGAAUAUCUACAGACCAACAUGAGUCUACCCACUUCCUGAGUAACUUCUGCCUUGGCUGAGCCCAUGAAGAGAGUUAACAAUCUCAAUAGAGGCUCUCUAGAUUCAGUCUCUUUUUGAGCAAGUAUUCUUUCUGUCCAGUGCUUUUUUCUGGGGGGGACGCAUAUCCCUAAACAUUUUGUGAAUCUUUGUACUUUUGUCCAUUUACUGUAGUUAUUUUUCCUGAUUUGAACUAUGAAAUGGUGAUUUUCUUGAGUCAAAAUGAGAGUACCCCUAAACAGUAUUUUAGGGGGGGGGACAUCACUGUUUCUGCCUAUUUGUUUUCUGUUUUUUUCACCAACUUUCUUUAUUGGCUUCUUCUUUAAGUUAGAACACUUGCCUCCACUUAACAAUUGAAGCAAUAUAUUUGUGGUAAAAGAACACAAAUUAAAUGCUUGCCCUUUGAGACCAUUUUCACAUGUGACAUACAAUUUAACCAUUGUUUAUGAGUCUCUCACUACAUAUAUAUUACAAAUGACAGACCAUAGUUAAUAUGUAAAGAGAAAGAAGCAUUUGAAAUACGAAUGAGCUUUCUGACCAGUGUAAGUUUUUCUGUUUAGAUUGCAAUCCAGCACUAACUAACUGCAAGUCCCAGGAUUCCUUGCGGAAAGUCAUCUGCUUGAAAUGCAUGGUGUGUAAAUUGCCUCAGUUGAAACAAGCUCUGUGUGUGUGUGUGUGUGUGUGUGUGUGUGUGUGAAUAUCAUAGGGUCCCAGGAAUCUUGAGUGUUGCUGCUUCCUUUUUGCAUCCAUGAUUGUUACUGGUGUUUACUUUUCAGCCCCCUCCCUGGUCUUUGUACUUGAACUGGCAGUGGCAGGAUCUUACUCUGUUGGUUGUCUUUUUUGUUCUUUGUUACCAUGGAUGAUUAUGUAUAUCUUCUCUUUAAAAUAAUCCAGCAAUGCUCAAUAGAUUCCUGGGACCCUAGUUGGCUAAUGCUGUCCACAGACAAUUAAAGGACAUGAAAGGAACCAAGUUGCUUAAAAAAAUAUCAGGUUUGGCCUGGCCUGUAGCUAACCGGAUGUCUGUUAACUUUUCAGAAUGUGCAAUAUACCAUAUAUGACCAUAAACUGUGGUCCUUCUUCAAGCUAUCUGUAGUCUUGGCCCUUGUACUUCCAAUGUUUAAAUACCUCUCAACUAUUUUAAGAAUUGUAAAGCAUAAACAGCAGUAUCAAUCUUCUUGUUCCUUCACUGUUUGUAAAUGAGACUGCUUAUUCUAGAAGGAAGGAAAAGUUAAAGAGAAGAGAAAAACUUAAGUUUUGAUAAAGCUAGCCUCAGGGUCAUUCCACUAUCUUGUGGGAACAAGGCCCACUUCCUCUGAGUGCCUUUCCCUGACACUCACAGAUGCAGCUGGAUGGAUUUUUUUUCCAUUGCAACUCUUUUUUUUUUACUAAGAGGGAUUAUGAUAAUAAGCUAUCCUUUGCAAAUAUUGUCACCGUUACUGUGUUUAAGAUACUGCCUGUUGAGAGCUGUGUGACUGUUUUUCCAGCUCUUAAUAUCCGGUAUAUUUUUGUAAAUAUAGUAGUUUCAGCCUGUUGUGUAUGAUACCUACAUGGUACAUAUCAGAUGUACAAAAGCACAUAUUUAUUAUUAUUAAAGAUACAUUAGACUAAAAUUAAAGAAACACAAAUUUUAGGUAGGAACCAUAUACAAAUUAGACUAUUUUCUGUUUCUUACAAUGUCCACAAGACUGUCAUCUGUGAAAACAAAGUUGUGUAGUAGGUGUAUUGUAUGUGCUUAAACUGUAUGCAGAUGUGACCUGAUAGUCUACCUUGGUAUGAGGCUGCUGUAACUGUCCACAAUAGUAAUAAUUAAAACUCCAGUUUUUAAGCAGUUCGUUGUGGAGAAAAUGUUCCGCUUCUUGAUCAUUCUAGAUACCCCUUCCUGUACCUCACCAAUUCAUUGGUAUAUUUUUAAAGAUGGGGCAACCAGAGCUGCAUACAGCAUGGCACAAGUGUAGAUUUAUAUACAGUGGUACCUCUGGUUACGUACUUACCGGUAAUUCGUUCUGGAGGUCCGUUCUUAACCUGAAGCACCACUUUAGCUAAUGGGGCCUCCUGCUGCCGCUGCGCCGCCACCACACAAUUUCUGUUCUCAUCCUGAAGCAAAGUUCUUAACCCAAGGUACUAUUUCUGGGUUAACGGAGUGUAUGUAACCUGAAGAGUAUGUAACCCGAGGUACCACUGUAAUGGUAUUAUUUUCAUUUCUGAAUAUUCAUUUUAGCAUUGGUGCAACACAUGGAGCUAACAUUUUCUGUGAUUCAGAAUCAUUUUUCCUGAGUGGUUAUAGUCAAUUUAGAUGAUUCUUCUCUCUUUUUUUGUACCGGGAUAUAUCAGUCUGCACUCACUUAUGUUUAAUCUCAUUUGCCAUUUUGUUGGCAGUCAUCCAAUAUGUAGAGAUCUGUUGAGUUCUUCUCAGUCUGCUUGGGAUAUAAUCUUCCUGUGAAUAAUUUGGUGUCAUUUGGAAACUCGCUAUUCAUCCCAACUCCUGAUCAAGCUUGCUAUUUACUUAUCCUGGUAGUGAAAACUGUCAGUUUAUUCCUCCUCUCUGCUUCUUGCUUUCUUGCAAAUUACUAGUUGAUAUAAUAUAUAUAGAUCUGCACACUUGUGGAUAUCCUCCAACAGUUCUAGGUGGUUAGUGAUGCAAUACUUCCAUGGGUAAAAAUCAUAUUGAUUCUUCCUUUGUUACGUGAUGUGAUGGGCUGCAGAGUUAGGUGGAAUCCUAUCUUCCACUGCAGUUCUGAGGGAAAGUGGGGGGAUAGUUUAUUGGGGACAUCCACUGACUUGACUGGGAAUGUUUAUGCCACCUCUUUUGCACGUGUAGUGUUCUGCUGGCAAUGUUGCAGGACAGAUUUGUGGGUUGGCACAAGAUUCCAAUGAAGUCCCUCUCCUUCCCUGUUGCAUCUCUACUCCAUUUGAUUGUGCUGUCAACUUUGCACUAGUCUAAUUCCACCCACCUCAACCCUUUGGUGUAAUGCUCUGCUGUUGUUGGGGACUUUAAAUAGUUAUCCAAUCAUCAUCAGACAGAGAACUCAUAGAUAUGGUUGUGAUUCUCAGAAAGAGGGCAAAUGUGAGGUCAAAUAUUAAUACUACAGAGAUAUAGAGACCCAACCUGGAACAAUCUCAAGAUUGUUAAAAUGAAGUAGCAGCUGGGAAUGGACAAAUCUGUCAGUUUCAGUUUCUCAUUUUUCCAGUUUUAAGUUCCAGAUCAGUUGGUGAUUUAUUUUUUUAAGUCUUCAUAAAAAUUCAUCGACAUUUUAGUCCUAUUUUAGCCAAACCUACAUAUGUUUAUAAAUAUUUUUGCCCAUUGUACACAUUUUUGCAAAAUUAUUUUCCCUAAUAUGAUACAUUUUAAUGCUAUUUUCAGUAACGUGUGCGCAUGCACACCUUACCCUAGUAUAUGCAUUUCUGUUUUAAAGGUUUUCCUUUAAUUGUGAUAUUUGGGAGCAUAAUCUGAGCAUCUGCAGCUGCCAAUCCUGCAGGCCACGGUCCAUAGCUAGUUUGCUCUUGUCUAAUCUUAGAAUGGUAUGCUAGCUGCCUCCUGUGAAUUGAAGGACAAACCUCUUUCUCACACAUAGGGAACAAUAUGGGCGGAAAUAGAAGUUAUGAGGGAAACAGAGUUCCCAGCUCUUGCAGGAAAGAAUUGGAGGGUAAGGGGGUGGGAGUUGUUUAACCUUUAUACUGCCUGCCAAUUCUCUCCUGCCAACAACUCUCCCCCUCAAGCAGUUUUAAACAGUGCUUGAAUUACAGGAGAUCCAGAGUGGGCCUGGUGGUCUCUUUCCUUUUUGUACUGGGCCACUUAGCUAUUGUUCUUAGAAUACCUCAAGGGGCUCUUGUUGUUGUUGUUGUUUAGUCGUUUAGUCGUGUCCGACUCUUCGUGACUCCAUGGACCAGAGCACGCCAGGCACUUCUGUCUUCCACUGCCUCCCGCAGUUUGGUCAAACAAGGGGCUCUUAAUAUGGGUCAAAUGGGGGGGGGUCUCUCCCUUCCCCCAGUUUGAGCAUUUUCUCCCUAGAUGGACUCCAGAACUAUAAAGGAGUUCUGCCAAUAAAAAUGGCCUGGGCUAGGUAGCAUUUAAAGGAGGGAAAUACCAAACAGGGCACACACAGAGAAGAAGAUUUCCAACAUUUCAACAGAGAAUAAGUCAAAUCAUCAUGCUGAAUAAUAAACAAAGGUUGACAUCCUGUUAACCCUGUUAAGUUAUACUCAGAGUAGAUUGACUGAAAGCAAUGGAUUUAAGUCAGGGGUCGGCAACCUAAGGCCCAUGGGCCACAAGUGGCCCAUGGGGGUCGUUUAACCGGCCCAUGAGCCGCCCCCGAACCAAGCCGCCUGCUCGGCGAGUCCCCACGCACUGUGCUAAACCGGUGCAGUGCAGGGACUCGCUUCUGCGGUGCCGGAAAUCACUUCUGCGCAGACACUGGAAAUCACAGGUGUGCACUCUCAUGCGCACCCGCAAUCUGGCCCAUGGAGAGAUCUCCGCUGGAGUGAACCGACCCAGGCAAGGUAAACCUUGCUGAUCCCUAAUGUAAGUCUAUUGAUUUCAAUACAUAGGCGUACCCAGGAUUUAUUUUUCAGGGGCAGACUUGGGGGGGGGGCAGAACUGAGUUAUCUGCAACACAAUUGGUCAGUUAGUUAAGUAUUUUUAUUUAUUGACUUGAUUUAGGGAGGGACAGCUGCCCCUGUACUCCCCUGGCUACACCCAUGUUUCAAUAGGUCUAGUCUGAGUAUAGCUUAGUUGGCUAUCACUCAAAGACUUCCUGACAGAGCUGGAAGUGACUGCCCCUGUUGCUUUAUAAUAAUUGUUUUUAGCUUCAGAAUCUCCACUGAUUGCCAUAUUUUUCAUACAGUGACAAGCUUUUUGUUUCUGGUCUUUUUUCAGGACAAGCCAUCAGGAACCAACAUGGUGGAAGAGAAGUCCACAACUCCCUCGGUGGCAAAGCUGGCAGGAAAAUUCCAAGAUCAGUCAUCUCUGUCUGGAAAGGAGGUUAGGUACAAUUAUCAUUGUUAUGUGGAUUUCUAUAGCUGCCCAUCAACAAACGUUCUCUGGGUGGUUUACUACAAAAAAGUAUUAAAACACAAUAAUAAUGAAACCUAACAAUAAACAAUAACACUUCCUGUUAUAGAGGCAGCAUUAAAAUAGUUUGAAACUCAACCACAAAGGAAAGGGAAAUUGAGUGACAGGCUAUCUGGAGAACUGAUGUUUCACUCUCGAAAGCAGCAGGAACCAGAGACCAAUAGCGAAGGGGGCGAGCUGUUCAUCUAGUCCUCCUCCACAGCUGCUGGAAUUCCUCUUCCUCUGGCAUUUUCAUACCUUUGGCUGGCCUAGGGAAGCCUGACCAACCCCAACCCUUGCUGAAUGACUGACUGAAAGUCUGCCUAGGCUCAAUCUACCUGGGGAGUGGGGGCUAUAUAAUUACCUGGGGUGGCCAAGUCUCCCCUUUGAGGGGAGCGACUUUGGGGGGAGGCAAGAGCUGUCCACACAACAUCAUUUUCUCUGGGAAAGGCCUUGCAUUAGUUGUUUAAAAUGUUUUAAAUUGUUUGAAACCACUUUUAAACUUGUGUUUUAAAAUUUGUGGGGGUUUGGCUGGUUGUUGUUUUUUAAUUAAGGGAUGUAAGGUGUGCCUGGGAAGAGAGGAGCUGGGGAGAGCAGGGGGCACCCCAAUCACAGUGGUUCUGAGAAAGGGGAGGUAUGGUGUUAGUGACUGUGCCAUGUGCCAGGCCUCCCUCCAACCGGGGGAAUUAUGGUAGCCCUAUCAGCCACCCCUCAGGUCUGUGGCUGCGGCUAUAAAGCUUUUAAUGGCUCAGGACUGCAAUGCCUCAAGGACCACCUCUACCCAUAUGAACUGACCCAGAUCCUGCAAUCAUCAUCUGAAGCCCUUCUUCAUCUGCCCCAUCCAUGAGAUGCCCAGAGGGUGGCACCCCAUUUGUGCAAUGCUCUCCCCAGAGAGGCUCGCCUGGCACCUUCAUAUCUUUAGGCACCUGGGGAAAUGUUUUUCUAUAACUAAGCCUUUGGCUGAUAAAAUGUUCUAUGGACUUCGCAAUGUGUUUGUGGGAGGAGGACUAUUGAUUUGUUUUUGUUGUGUUAAGUAUUUUGUGUUCCCAUUUUGUACUUUUAUAUUGUGAACCAUCCUGUGAUCUUCAGAUGAAGGGCAGUAUACAAAUUUAAUAAUAAUGUAAAUCAUGUGUGCUUAUGCUUUAUUAAUCACAGAAAUGCAUUUAUUUAUUUUGCAUUACUAUUCUAGUUUCGCUGUUGGAUGAAAUGGUCUGCAACUACGGUAGAUUUUCUUUUGUGCCAAUUGCUGCUGGCACUAAACUGUACAAAAUUAAUGAAAUCUUCAGUUUCAGAAAACAACAGUGCAAGAAGAGAGGGUGUGUGUUUGCAUGCAAAAAAUGCCUUGAGUUGGGAUUUUUAGAAUUUUCCUAACACUUUUACACAAUAAAUUUGCAUUUUUAUUUAUUUUUACUAAUUUGUCUUAAUUCUUUCUUCAGAGUAGCAAAUUAUCUAAUAUAUAUAGCACUGAAUGCCAAAACAGGCUUCUAAGCUGUUUACAAGUAUAAAAACCAAUAAUACAAGUAUUAAAAUAUAAACAACCAUAAUUAAAAUGCACCAGGAAGCAAUCCUAUUAAAUCAUUAAAAAAUUAAUAUUCAUAAUUAAAAUAUGCAACAAAACAAUCCUAUUAAAACAACACAGCAGUUAAAAUAGGAGACCAUUGCAAAGAAAUCAAAGAAACGUUUGUGUUAAAUAGGUGUGUCUUCAAAAGCCAGUGGAGUGCCAAUACAGAUAGGACCUCUAAAACUUCAGCAAGAAGUGCAUUCCAUAACACCAGUGACACCAGUAAAAAAAAGCCUUAUCAACACAGACACACAUCUCUAAUUGUUUAUAAAUCUUCCAUUUUCAUCAUUAUUUUGUAAGCUAAGCACCCCCUCUCCUACAUGGGAGCGCACACAAGCUACAAGCUAUGGUUUAUUUUUAAGGAUGUAUUAAUAGGAUUAAUACAAUGAUGUAUUAAUAGGAUACUGCACAAUUUUUACCAGAUCAGAGCUUGUAGCAGUAGCAGUAUUGUGCAGAGGUUAAAAUGCAAUUAGAGCAUGCAUCAUAAAGGGCUCCAAGGUGCUGAUAAUCAGGAACCACUGUAGUAUAUUUCCUUAAUAUAUUUUCAUUCAGUUUACAGCUGCAAGAACUGCAAAUACCAUUUUCAUAGGCACUUGCAAAAUUGCCCCCGAGUCUCACCCCCUUGUUCCUUACUGUUACAAGUUCUUGCAACUAGUCUGAUAGUACUUGUGAAUAUAAAGUUGCACCUUAAGUCUUGCUUGGUGACAGUCAGUUAAGAAAAAGCUUUCAAAUGUAACAAGCUUUGUUGCUUCACAGGAGCUAGUGAACUCGGAAAACAAUUUAUUCUCCUUACUUUGCCUUGAGACACAGCGCAGGCAUGUGGAGAGAGUUGUGUCACUUGUUAUCAGUAAUGUUAUAGACACUAUGCAAUAGGUGACUGUGACACUUUCUGUCCAGCAUAGAGUAGUGUAGUAAUUUUGUUGAGUGGAGAAAGCAUUGCAUAUUUCUAACAAGAAACAAAAGGAAACAGAAAUCAUGAUUAUACUCUUUUUGUCCAGAACAGAAAAGACAAGUGAGUAUAGCAAAAUAAUGAUUGUUGUUGUUGGCCUCCAUCUGUCUUGAGAGACAUUAGUGGAGUUCUGCUAAAUAGGCAGUAACAUCUCAAGAGCUUUCCCCAACCAUCUGCUCUUAGGACCUUUCCCGAUAUAAAGAUUGCAUUUUUCCAUUUGAUUUUCCUUCCUUCCUCUUCUGUCAACUGAUAAGCUGCUCCUCUAUUUUUAGAUACCAGUCACUAAACCAACCCGUAGAAAACCACCAUGCUCCCUUCCUCUCCACACAAACAAGGCAGAGCUUGGCCAGAAUGGUGAGCUAGUAAGUAUCAAUGUUUUGAAGAAGUUAUUGUUUCCUUUCCUUUUGUAAGCAGUGUCAGUCUCUCUAAGGAUGUAAUGGUCCAGAGGUUAGUAUAUGAUGGGUGGGCUGGCUGACUAAAUGAGUAUCAGGUUGAUGUUGUUAUGCUACACAUUUCCUAUGUCACUUUAGAUCCCAAUGGCAUCCUUCAAUGCUGACCGAGUAGGGAAAGUCAGUCUUAUUACAGGUCAAACAACGGUGCACAGACACAAUUGGUGCUCUCCUUCUACCACUGGGACAUGAUUCCAUCCACACGAACCACUGAUACUGCUGAGCCAUGGCACAGCUGCAUAAAUUCACUACUACUAGAAGAACAAUACCUUUCAGGCUAGCCUAUGGGUGCCCUACCUCAUUAAGGUUAAGGCUAGUGUUGCUAUGUAGCAUACGGGACAUGAAAGGGCAGCUCUGUCUAUCUGGACAGUAUGAGAUGUCAGCUUUGCUUGGAUCAUAUACAACUAGAAUAAGCAUCAGUCUGUUUGGAGAAUCUGAACUGGUUUUCUAGCUGAGGAUCUAGAAAAGGCUUCUCCAAACUGGUGCCCUCCAUAUGUUUCCCAUCUGCACCAGCCAGCACAGCCAUGCUUGUUGGGGCUGGUGUAGGUUGUCAUCCAAAAUAUCUGGAGGGCACAAAGAUGGGGAAGGCUAAUCUAAAAGGAUAAAGGAACACUGAAGCCACAUAUCUCUAUGAACAACCCAGCUGUUCCAGAAGAAGAUGGGUACACAUGGUUCAAUGUUAUAUUAUUUAUUAUAUUUAAUUGUCACUACAAAAAUUGUCUUACUUUUUUAAAAAAAAAAGCAUACAGUACAAAAUUUAAAAUACAUCAGAAUGUUUUUAGGUUUUUUUUAAUGCAAAGCUAGUAGAAUAUCUAGUCAUCAAGUGCAUGCCAUGAGGCCUGGCCUGCAUGCUCUAAGUUAGCCUGCUGCCCUCAAGUGCAGUCAAGAAUUCUGUCCUGUCACCAGUAUGGAAGUAAAACAUAAUAAUAAUCCAGACUGCUUGUCUUCUGGAUAUGAAAUGGAGGGGCAGAAGCACCCUGCCUUCAUCUCAGGCAGCAAAAAUACCUUGGGCUGCCCUAAGGUGGAAACGGCAGCAAUAGAACCUAAGGGGCCCCGUGGCCUCUGUGUUUGCCCAGCAUGCUAAGGCCAGGCCGUCUUUUCCCCUAAAACUGUUGGGGAACCCACCUUUUGCCCACCUUGAGGUUCCCACAUGCAUGCUGAUGUUUCCCUCUUAUUUCUCAGGAGCCCAGUUGUGGCCACUGUUGACUUAUAAGGUAAAUUCAUUAUCAGAUGAAUUGUAACGACAGCUCAUUUUGUUCCUUUUCCACCUUUCUCCAUCCCUUAUGCACACACAGCCUUAAUGUAUAGCAAACUGCCUAUUUGCAGCAAUCUCCUGUUUCUCUUUCUACAGAAGCCAUCUCCAAAUGCUUCACAUCCUCUAAAGGUUAAGGUAAAAAGCUCUCCCCUAAUUGAAAAGCUACAGGUAAGAUCUGAUUACAUAUGCAUUACAAGUUAGGAUGCAGUCCUAUACUCCAAGGAAAGCUAUCCCCUCAGCUCCUCCAAGUAAAUAUUUCUGGGCCCCCAAAACACCUCACUGAUUUUGUUAGUCACAGCAGAAAGAAAAAAUGUUUAAAAAAUUAUCACCCAGCCCAGUACCUUAAUAGGAUGUAAAUCAUCCCCUAACUUGUCAUGGGAUCAAUAAUUUGAUGAAUGAGGUGGGGCCCUCACCUUGGUUGAUCAGCAUACAUCAGCUGCAGAGGGGGGCUGUGUGUGUUAUGUACACAUGUGAGAGUGUGCGGUAGCCAUAUCCACCAUUAGCAUGUGACCCUCAGAGGAUUGGCUAAGGGCGAAUGGGGCUUUGGGGACAAAAGGGUUAGUCAUCUUUGCUAUACAUGUAUUCCCCCUUCUAUCACUUUCCAUGUGCUUUUAAAAUUGCAAUGGUAUUUGCUUCUGUCAGUAAUGCCUGCUUGAUGCUAGUGUGGCUAAUUGUUAAAGAUGAGAGCGUCUGUUUUUGUCCCAGCUCAUGCUAUUGGUAUUGUGAACUUGGCCCUAGUAAUCCACUACAAAAGCAUUCCAGGAUCCCAAGCAAUAUGAGCUUCCUCAUAUCACUGCCCUGCUAAUGACACCCAGGUUUUUCAGCUACACUGGUCACCUUAACAGCUGCAUUAUCUGGGGAUUCAGACAUGAACAACAUCAUAACCACAUGCUUUUCUCCUGUGGUAUUUUUGGUAGUCAUCUGGACUGGAAGUGAGAAAGAUUUCACAACACUGGAAGCUUAGGAGCAUUCUCUUGAUGUAGAUGGAUAGAGAGAUUUAAAUCUAAUAUUAUUAUGGCUUUGUUCACAAGCUCUCCCGUGCCAAGCCACUGAAGAUAUAUUCUCUUGGCUGAGGAGCUGGAAAAUCCUUCAGGCUUUCACUGACACAAGAAUAGUCUUUGGAUCCAGCUAUUUGGGAAGGGAAACUAUCCUGUCAUAUCUUCUCUUCUCCAGAUAAUUUGUUAACAAUGUCACUGCUAGAUACAUCUGCUGUUUAAACAAAUGUUUUAAGAGCAAGGGCUCCCCCUAUGGUCAUGUUAAACAAUAGUAAUUUUCAAAUGGUGGGCAGUAGGUCAUUCUGGAAGCUUGGGGGUGGGGUGGGUAGAGAACCUCUGAUCCUGCAGAUGUUGUUGGACUACAACUCCCAUCAUCCCUGACUAUUGGCUAUGCUGGUGGGGAUUGAUGAAGGCCAUAGGCUCCAUGCCUCACAUGAAAAAGUGAACAGGUUUCCGAGAGGUACUUCUGUAUACAGCGCAAGUUGGUCCAUAAGGACGAAUGGAGCACUGUCUGUCAGCUUCUUCCUCCUGAGUUUCAGUGUAGCCUCUGUAGAAUUCAGCAGGGAGAGGAAGGGGGGCUGGCCUUGCCUGUUGGUUGCUCUGGCUCCAUCUACCAUUGCUCUCUCUGCCUUCCAACCCACCAGUGCCAAUGGGAACUUGCCACCACCAAAUGCAUGUGUCCAGUGACAGUGAUUGGUGUGGCAUUAAGACCUGGGUUCUGAGUUAAGACAAACAGUUGAGAACAUGUGUGUUAAUAUAUUAAUCUGUUAAGUGUACUUCACAUCCAGAACAAACUUUUGGUAAUAGGUGGGAUGAUAAUAUUGAGGCACAACUGUUUUCUUUUCUUUGCAGGCCAAUCUGGCAUUUGCUCCAGCUGCCCUGCUGCCCGGAGCUUCUCCAAAAAGCCCUGGCCUAAAAGUAAUGGUUUCUCCAUUUAACAGCCCUCCAUCCACUCCUGUCAGCCCAAAGUCUCAAUCAAGUGAAGCUGAUGAGACACCAGUUAGUUUUGAUAAGCCACCAGAGGGCACUCAUCUUCAAUUUUAUAACAAGGUAUGGUAUAUGUGUGCUGGUCUUUCACAAUGCAGGAGACGACUUGUGAGGAGAGAGGGAGGGAGAGAGAGAGAGAGAGAGAGAGAGAGAGAGAGAGAGAGAGAAUAUGGCUCUUUGUAUUGGGGAAAGGAUCUGGAGAUCAGAGGCACCCAUGCUUCCUCCUGCCCUGCCUUACCUCUCUGUUGCUGCACAACUGGACAUGAUAUACAGAUAUGUUUUUAUUUCUGAAUCUGCUGUUUUGCGCACACACAAAAACCAGUAAAUUGUAAAACAUGUUUGGGGUUUAUUUGUUUGUUUUUUAAUGUCCAUUUUGCCUACCGUGAAAGAUGCUUGAAAUGUUUGCUUUGGUGGAAGUUUAAUUCUUGCACAAUGCCAUGGACAAAACAUUUUUUAAAAGCCUGUGCACACUGGUAAAUAAAUAUAUGCACGCAUGCAGUAAAGGACAUGUUUAUGGAACAUUUGGAGGGUGGGGAAGUAGUAAUUGAGUGGAAGUGAUAAAAUACACAGCACAAGCACCACUAUUUAUUUAUUUAAUAUGCCGCCCUUCACCCGAAGAUCACAAGGUGGUUUACAGAAUAAAAAUGCAAAAGGAAAACACAAAAUACUUUAGUGUAGAUUGGAAACAUUGAGAUAGUUUUUGGAGGCAAACAACUGAAAGUAAUCUUGUGUAGAAUAAAGCACAUAAAAGUGCACAUAGAAAAAUCAACCCACAUAUGCAUUACUGUGAGCACCAUCUUAAUCUAGACCUCCUUGCUUCUCUCUGGUUUCCCUGAUAUUCCUUUCUUGUGCUUCCUCUCUUCCCUGAUCUCCAAACAGCCACUUUGGAUUUGAUCUGCUUGAAAGUUGACCUUGCCUGUUCAUCUUGUGCAUGCUUGCUUUUGAGGACCUGAUCCUAGUCAUAAGCUACUAGCCAUGAAGUUCAGUCUUGCCCAAACUACCAGUAUCCCAGAUAUUGCAGUGCAGCAUCAAGUACUCCUGGACCAUUCACUGGUGCCACUGAAUAUGUGAAGUCAUUAUUUCUUUCACUUAGUCUGGGAUCAAAAAAUGAAUAAAUAAAAAGCUUUCCACAGAAAUUGAUUUCUUACUCAUAAGCAGGAAGAGAAUGAGUCAGGACUCUUCAGCCUAAAUUCUUGGUUUUCAGAUUUGAACACAAUCUCAUGUUAUGGUAGAAUCCCUAAAGUUGGCAUGGACCAGAGAAUCAUAUUUGUCAUCCAUGCAUGCUAUGUUGCCCAUCUGUGUGACAACACAACAGUCAUAUACACACAAAGGUGGGCACAGAAAAUAAUCUAUUAACCUCAUCUCCCCUUUUGUGAUAAGGGGCAACCAUUUAUUCUCUCUCAUGAAAAUGAAGGUGAUGCCAAAUGCUAUUGAUGUAAAGGAGAAAUAGUACAGUAUAUGACUAAGAGUCUAAACAUGUAAACAUCCAUGUUGGGUGUUUUGUUGACUUUGCAGCAUUGAUCUCCUUUAUGGUUUUCAAUCACAGCUCUAUCCAUUUUCAGGUACGCACACGGGGAUCAAUAAAACGCAGACCACCCUCUAGAAGAUUUCGAAAGUCUCAAUCAGAAUAUGGAGAUGACCUAGAUAUAGGGGUGACAGUUUCAUCGCAGGAGAAUGGUGCCGAGGAGGAGAAUGGUGUAUUUAUGGACAAGAAAAAGGCAACAAAAUCACUCUCUCCCCCUGUGGAUGGUCUAGAUCACUAUGAGAAACAAAAAGAGAUAGCAUCUGAUGAAAAAAACCCACCAGGACUAGUGUCCAGAAGAACAGAAAGCAAAGAGACAGAAGCAGGAGCAGAAGAAACAAUGUUAUGCAAAGACAGCAAAGAAGAGAAGCCACAUCAGAAUGUUUCAGGGGGAAAUUCAUGUGAGAACAUCAAAGACGACAAAGAGAAGAAUCCAGAUCAUGACAAUGCAGAGGAUACAAAAAUAAAAUCACAGAAGAGCACUUGGAGUGAUAGGGAAGAUGGUAUUGCUUCUGACCAGGAAAUAAAAGAUAAAGGAGAGAGGGUGGCUCAAUUAAGAGAGAGUGAGGACACACAGCUGAUAUCAGACAAACAAGACACUGCAACUCCAGAGCUUGCAGGAGACACAGAAACCUGUACAAGCUCCAGAGUGUGAUAGUAGUAAAAUCAUUGGGCACACAGUAAAUGGGAAACCAAGGUUAUGGAGGGAUUCCCACUACAGUACUUUCUUAUGAAUGAGCAAAAGCUCUUCCUUAAAGGAAAACCCCAAAGAUAUCAGUGUUAUCCUUUUCCUUUGGCAGUUUUUAGGCUAUUUACUGCAGCAAAUCUGGUCAUCUGUGAUGGAGGAUAGCCUGAUACAGACAAUUAACAUUCUAGGCUUUUCAAGCUGGUGGCACACCAAGAAGAAUGAUUGUUCAGAGAAUUAUUGUAUGUUGACUUAAGGAAUGCAACAAUUACUGGGGCUUUUUAAGCAUUUUUCAUAUAGAAAGAACUAUCAUGCAUAUUAGUUACGUUUUCUGAUUAAAGUGGACGUUUCCAAACCUCUUGUGGCUUGUCAGCUGUAAACUAUGCUGCAUGCAUAACAAUUACAUGGUCACCCACACAACCACACAAAACAAUCCCUUCUGGUUUAGUUUGUGACUAUGGAAUAAUCUGUUAUAUGUGGUAAAGGAAAAAAUUCCAUUUGCAAGAAUAACAUCUAGCAAACUCUUUUCAUCCCCUUUUCUGAAGUAUACAAAGUCAGAUCAUUGUCCAUCUAGCUCAGUAUUGUCAAUACUGACUGGUAACAGUGCUUCCCCCCAGCCCUAUUUGGAGAGAUCAAGAACUGAACCUAGGAUAUUCUAGAUGCUAACCAUAUGCACCACCACUAAGUUGCAAGCUCUCCCUAUCACAUCCAGUUCUGCAUAUAUUGGCCCCACAUUACAAACAUCACUGGGAAGAUGGAAGGCAAGAGUAGACCAUAAUAGACCUGUGUGCACACAAUGUGCUGCUCAAAUGGAAGAUGGAAGGAAAAUGUAUAUGUGCAUCUGUGCUCGAAGAGACCUUAUUCUUUCAUCUUCAUUGGUGUUUCAGUGACUGUCACAAGUAUAUGAUAGAGCAGUGCCCUUUACAUUACUAAUGACUAUAUAAUUAUCUGCCAUCCUGCCCUUUAUAAGACAAACAUUUAUUCAUAUAGCCCUUGGAGUAAAGUAUCUCCCCCACCCUAGAAAGGCUAGUCUCCCUGUAUAAGAUCUCCAUCCCUGCCCUAAUAUGUUUGACUAGUUCCCAUGCAAUGGCUACAGAAAUGGAACUAGUGUAAUAGCAGAAAUAAACCUUUACUACUGUUCUUGAAUGGUGGGGGGAAUUAUCUGUACAGAGCCAAUAUGCGAUCAAUAAUCAUGCAUGGAUAUGACCAUGUCUUAUCUGCUGUUGGAACUAAAGUUGUAUACCUACAAUAUGGUAUUUUGAAAUAAGAAUAAUUUAUUUUAUGAUUAUUCAAAUUUGCUAAGAACUUAAAAAUUAGUAAUGUUUCUGCCUCAAGAAGCUGACUUAUGAAAAGCCAAGCAGCACUGGCUGUGGAAACCCAGCCAGAUGGGCAGGGUAUAAAUAAUAAAAUUAUUAUUAUUAU